CAAGGGAUACAGUGAUCCCUCAGGCACUUCCACUGUUCCUGUCUAUGACUCAUUGGUCCCAGGAGCCUAAGGGGCUUUUGCCUCACUGUUUCCCUGUAGCUCCUUUUCAUGGAGGACCGGCCAUGCACACACUCGCACAAGAUAAGGGGGAUCAGAAGAAUGCCCUGAGACGGACACGUGAAGUGGAUGGAAGGCGGACACACUGUUUCUGAGUGUCUCUAGUAAAGGAGUGCCCUGGCCACACCAUGGCCCUCCUGGAGUUUCAGCUCCCUUCACAGACAGAACCUCCGCCUCCCAGGAGCUCCUUCUUCCUUGUCAUUUACUCAUAGGUGGAAGGUCUGCUCAGUUGGGGGUUCAUUUAAUAUCCUUUGUUUUUCUCUCCUAAGGACUUCCCCACCCAUUGCAGAUUGGGCCCAAGGUCAUGUGGCCGGGUGUCCCGAGUGGGAGGGAAUAGAAUAGAACCUGGAACUUCGGACUUCCAGACCUCACUGCCUCAAGAGGAGAAGCUGAGAGACAGGAUGCACUGGGAGCUCUUCCGGUCACCAGCGUUUCUUUUCCAGAUGCUCCGGAUCAGCAGCAGCAGACAGACUUUAUUUCAAGUACCCGUUCUGGUUGAUAGCCAUGACAAUGACGUGCGGCGAGUGCCCGGAGUAGCCCCGACUCUUGUUCGGUCGGCAUCUGAGACCAGUGAGAAACGCCCCUUCAUGUGUGCUUACCCGGGCUGCAAUAAGAGAUAUUUUAAGCUGUCUCACUUACAGAUGCACAGCCGGAAGCACACUGGUGAGAAGCCAUACCAGUGUGACUUCAAGGACUGUGAGCGAAGGUUUUCUCGUUCAGACCAGCUCAAAAGACACCAAAGGAGACACACAGGUGUGAAACCAUUCCAGUGUAAAACUUGUCAGCGAAAGUUCUCCCGGUCUGACCAUCUGAAGACCCACACCAGGACUCAUACAGGUAAAACAAGUGAAAAGCCCUUCAGCUGUCGGUGGCCCAGUUGUCAGAAAAAGUUUGCCCGGUCAGACGAAUUAGUCCGCCAUCACAACAUGCACCAGAGAAACAUGAGCAAACUCCAGCUGGCGCUUUGAGGGGUCCACGCCAGGCACCGUUCUGUGUCUCAGACAGGACUGUGUGUGAACUACCUUCAAAGCUGACUUUAAAAUUCCUCCUCACUCGCCUCUCUAAGAAGGAAACGGAGGUUGAUCUUCUUCAUCCAGCUUCCGAGAAAGAUGCCUGUACCACUGGAUCCUACCAGGUUUGCUCAGAGGAGUUGGUCUCUGCUUAGCCAACUUUUAGUUGACUCAUAAGGCUCUGGAGAAGUGGCUGUCAGUGUCCAGUUAGUUAAAAGCCCAUUGCCAUUUGGUCUGGAUUUUCCACUGUAAGAAGAGCCAUUGUUGGUAACGUUCCCCCCUGCCCCUUCUCCCUUUACGCUCAUUUUCAUGAGGAAUGGAGUCAUUGUACCUUUUUCCAUCAUAGAAUAUUUAUAGGCCAGGGCAUGUGGAUGUGUCUGCUAAUGUAAACUUUGUCAUGGUUUCCAUUUACUAACAGCAACAGCAAGAAAUAAAUCAGAGAGCAAGGCACUGGGGGUGAGUCUCGUCCGACAUUCCGGAGCUUAGGCAGGCUGCUAACCUGGAAAGCAGGAUGUAGCGCCACCAGGCAACUUUUAAAACUCAAGCAUUUCAAGCAGCUGAAAAAAGAAUCAGAACUAACCAGUACCUCUGCAGAGAUAUCUAAAAGAAUCUUAUCAUUCAGUUAAUUCAAUGUUAACAUUAGCACAAUGCUCUUAAGAAACCGUGCUUGAGGAUCUGAGAUUUUGUUUUUGUGUUUCUUUUUGACUUUUUUGAGUUGUAAUCAUAUGCAUCUUCAGAGAUGUACGUAUCUCCUCACACAAAGGAAGUGGAAUUCAUUUUUAUCAUUUGGGGUGUCCUUAAGAGUGUACAGACCACACUGGUUAUGUGGAUUCAAGUUGUAAAGAUUAAAGUGACUCUAAAAGAAAAUAAGGGCUGGUCCGGGAUCUCCACUGAUAAGACUGUUCUUUAGUAACUUAAGUAACUUUGGGUCUACAAGUAUAUGUGAAAAAAAAUGAGACUUACUAGUGUGAGGAAAUCCAUUGUUUAAAGGUGGUUGGGUGUAUGUGUGUGUUUUGUUUUUGUUUUUUAAGGGAGGGAGUUUAUUAUUUACUGUUGCUUGAAAUUAUUGUGUAAAUAUAUAUAUCUGAUAAUGAUUUGCUCUUUGACAACUAAAGUUAGGAAAUGUAUAAAUGUUAGAUGCAUCACUGUUUUGGUGUUGAUCUUCCAACGUAUAACACUAAGUAACACUAAAAAUGUAACCUGCAUUUUUCACUUCGCUCGCAAUUAAAGUCUAUUCAAAAGGAAAGUGGUAAGAUUCUAUCAGCUGUAUUGUGUACAAAUCUUGAGGACAGUUGAGCCUCUUUUAAACAGGUAAGAUGCUGACGCUGACAUCAAUGACCACUUAAGUCUGUCCAGGUCCUGACCACUCGUUAUGUCUCUCAGUUGAACCUCAGGAGGCAAUUACUGGUCAUAGAAGCAGCCAGAGAGCACCGCCUUCACUUCUCAUCAUGCCAUGUGGAUGGCGUGGGGGGAAUUGUAUUUUCAGAGUCAUUUUCAUCGGGCUCUCAUUGUAUCACUGCUUACUCCAGGCCAGCAAAACAGUAGAGAGAUGCAAAUGAUAACUGGUCUUUUUUGAAAAGUUCACUGGUAUACACUGCAAUCAGGAGAGUAAACUGAACACCUAGUACAACCAAAUUUACAAUUGUAGUUGCUAUAAAUUAGCUCAGCAGGUUGGAAACUGCUUAGACUUUCCAGGGCAGCCGAGUGUGAAAGGCAAAGAUCUACGUUAUCUAUAAACUAUAAACUCUCUUUCUGGUUCUGGUGGAUGGUUUUUCAGUUGUAAAUAAGGAGAUUAAUUUGGUGCCGCCCCUCUCAACUCCGGUAUCUGGGAGCUUGCGUGCAUUCCAGGCUUCAUUUCUUCCUUUAAAAUGUAUCUUGAGCAGACAGCAGCUCACAACAGAGACUCUUCUGCGUUGAAGUGCAGCUCAAAGUUCGGGCUGCCGAAAAGUCAGGUCCUGAGGCCCCUCUUGGUUUGCAUCUGGCUCUUGCAUCACUGUUAAUUAUAGCCAGUGUAGUGACUCAUUUGUAUCAGCAGUUUUUAUCUUUUCCUGCCAGAAGACGGCAUUUCUCUGGAGAAGCUCAGGACAAGCAUGGCAAACGUCAGCGAGUCAGAGCGAGCCAGGUUUCACAAGAGCAGUCACAUUGUUUCAUCUGCACUAGGGAGCCCAGAGAUUCUCACACUACUUUAGCAGGUUAGCUUGCAGUUAAGGUCAUGGGCUUUGGAAAGCAGACCAACCUGGGUUCAGAUCCUAAGUCCUCAGUUUCCUUAUCUGUGAAGUGGGGACUUUUUGUUCCUAUCUGUCUGAUAGGGUCGCGUAGUGAGAAUUAAAUGGGGGGAAAAAGCAUGAAAGCAUCUAGUACAUAGCAAAGGCUUAAUAGGCAUCAUCUAGGAAAAUGAUUACCUGAGAACUCACGCUAAUUUCCUUUACCUCCCCCCUCACCCCCUGCAUCCUCUUGCGGUGUCCAGACAUCUUCAUGCAAAAUGACAAACAAAUCCAUUUCCAUAUACUACAAACCAGAGUUAAGGUUUGCAGCAAGAGGGCUCUUGUCAGCCUCCCCACAGAGACCACAUCUAUUUGCUUUGUGCCUUUUGUAACACACCCAGUGGCAUCGAGUGUGUGUUUUGAGACCCGUGGAGUUGACCACGAGCAGAUUGUCAGGAUGAAAGCUGGUCAGAGGGAGCUCUCUGUAGCUCAGGCUAGAGUCUAUAUGAGGUGCAAAGGUCAAAAUGUACAUUUUUCCAUCUUGCUUUAGUAAAGUGUAUGGUCCAAUAUCUUUAAAAGGCCACCUUCAGCCCCCCAGUGGGUCUUCCCAGACUCUCUCAUCCCGGCACCUCUGUAGCCCUUAGAGUACAUAACAUUCAAUAGUAUUUUUUAUGGGUAUCAUGCUUUCCCACCUAGGACCGUCUAUCUAUAAGGUAGACAGGACAAGUAUUAUUCCCACUGUACAGAUGAGGAAGCUGAGGCUCGGUGAAAGUAGUGGCUGAGGCAGGACUUGGUCUAGGUGUUCUGUAUCCAAGUUUUCUUCCAAAACGUGCUCGAUGAUAUAGACAUGCACUCUGCUCCAUGGUUUCAUAUCUACAAGUCAUAUCUUCCUAACCAUGUGUGAGCUUCUAGAGGAGUGGAUCGUCUCCCUUCCUGUGUUACUUCCUUGAGGACUUCUCAACCUUUAAUAUCGAUAGACAUUCCCUGAGGAAUUCCCUGAAGCAUGUUCUGGGGUGGGGCCUGAGACUGCAUUCCUAACAAGCUCCCAGGCGACGCCCACCCUGCUGGUCUGUGGACGACACUUUACAAAGACCUAAACGGCUGGGCUCGAGAAAUACUUGCUAUAAGGUGACUGAUGAGCUUUGCACCUGACGCUCCUGAGACUGCCCUGAACCUUUUUAGCCCGUAGAGAGCGUCUGUGAAGAUGGCCCGGGGCCCACUGCGAUGAGCCCCGGGGCUGUGGGCCAGGACAUUGGUGCUGAAUGCAGUCAGAAGAGCUGUAUGCAGGAGAGUCCAUCCGUGAGGAGCUUUGUUUCCAAAACAGCCUGACCGUCCUCUGUCAGUGACUUUCCCCAAGCAAGGGAGACCCCCUCCGCCAGGUAAGGAGAAGGCGGUACACGGUCCCACCUGCAUAUCCAGCCCUCACACCUCACUCAGGUCACAUCUCCACAGCAGGCCUCUCCCUCCCUGAGGCGUGUUUUCCAGCACCCACAAACUGAAACCUCGUGGCUUUGGAGCGGAUUUAUUCCCUGUGAGCCAGGCAGGAAUUCCCCACGUCUUGUCCCUAUGAGGAGCCACUUGCUUAGCUCUUUGGGUACCAAAGGGAAAAGGAAAAAGGCAAUGUCUUCCAGAGCCCUGUCCUCCCUGCAGGGUGUUUGCAUCACUGAUUUUGGACUAACAGGUGUGUCAAGAACAGGUGUAGGGGUGUGUGUGUGUGUGUGUGUAAAUAGAACAGUGGUUCCCAACUAGGGGCAUUUUUCUUCAAAGGCUUGCAGCAGGCAGAGUGGCUCAUAGGAACUUCUCACAGGUGAAUGUAUAAGAACUACAGUAAGGGAAACAAAUCCCC